AUGUCCCUGUUUAACUUGGACCUGUUCCUUGAUAAUGCAAGCCCGUUCUUCUGCCAGGCGGGCCUGUUCUUCCUCGUUCAUCUUCUGCAUCUUUACGUUCUUGCUCUAGAUGAGUACGGGCCUGGGAAACACGGUCAAAAGCAUUUAUCUCCAGGAUAUUGCAAUGUUUUCGAUUCUAAUGAGUACAAUGGUUAUAGACUUCAAAACCAAUGA